AUGACGGAUCGGCCAUUGAAUCGUCAUCAUUGGCUAUAUCGUGGUCUAACAUUGAAGGAUAUUCUUACAUUUGUUUUAUCUCUACUUCUUCCUUUGAUGUUGGGCAUUUUUACUAUUGUCAUUAGUUUCCAUGAACAAAAUGUUGUCACUCAACAAAGAAUCGAAGAUAGACAAUUGGCUCGCGAACAGCACAAACAGGAUCUAAAUAUAUCGCGACAACACUGUGGGCAAGAUUGGAAUACCUCAUUUGAACAACAUGCUCAAUACAAGGAAAUUGCUCGUCUGCAGCGUCUUCAGGAUGAAUUAAAGCAUGAACUCGACUUGAAUAUUUCUCGUGUUCAACGAGAACUUGAUAAAGAAAUUGCCGCUUUAAAGCGCGCACAAGAUAAUGAUUUCGCAGAGAAGCGACAAAAUCUCUCUUUUUCGCAAAGUCAACAUGAACUUGACGUAGCAUUGAAUCGAUAUCGCGACAUUCUAUUAGUCUCAUAUGUGAAAAUGAUUGGCAAGUUCCUUCAAGAUAGUAAAGGUAACUUAAGUGUCGAUUCCCUUAUACACAAUCUAAUUCGAGCUAAAACACUAAUUGUUAUUCGCCAACUUGAUCCAGUACGUAAACGUCACCUUAAUCUAUUUCUUUAUGAAGUCGGUAUACUCACAUAUGGUCAGUCACCGAUUGUUCUUUCGUCAGCUGAUCUGAACGACAUCGAUUGGAUGGGCUCGAACUUAUCGUAUAUUUCGCUCGUGGAUGUUACAAUGCGAAAUAACUCAUUUUUCUAUUGUUUUCUGAUUGGUGUCGACUUUCAUGGUCAACAAACAGAUUUGUCUGAUUCAAAUUUUUAUAAAGGAAAUCUGCAGCAUGCUCUUUUUCAUCAUACACGAUUGCACAGAACUAAUUUUACUAGUGCCAAUCUAACUACAGCUGAUCUGACACGAAGUAUUCUUGAAGCGAAAGCAAUUAUUGAAUGUAGUUAUUUCAAUAAUGCGUCAAUAUCUAAAGAGAUGUUUGAUCAUAGUCGCAUAUCACAUGUGUCGUUUUAUAGGACUGCAGCAAUAUAUAGCACUUUUCGAAAAUGUUAA